UCUGUCUUCUGUCAUUGGUUUAACAUCUUUGGGAGCUCUUUGUUCAAAAGUGCAGAAUUCAAAACAGGGAUAAAUGUCAACAUAAACAAAAAAUUGAUUAACAUUCUUAAUUAAAAGGCUUUCAAUGGCCACUCGAAAUAAACCAGGAAGCAAGAAUGAUGAUCACAGUGUGGAGACACUGGCUGAGGUCUUCCGUUGCUUUAUAUGCAUGGAAAAGCUCAGAGAUGCUCAUUUGUGCCCUCACUGCUCUAAACUGUGUUGUUACACAUGCAUAAGGAGGUGGCUAACAGAGCAGAGGUCUCAGUGUCCCCAUUGUAGAGCAUCACUACAUUUACAUGAACUGGUGAACUGCCGCUGGGUCGAAGAAGUCACCCAGCAAUUAGAUACACUUCAAGCUGUCAGUCUCAAUAGCAGUAGAGGGGACGAAAAUGACCGUGAUAAGUGUCCUACUCAUUUGGAGAAGCUCUCAGUUUAUUGCUGGACUUGCCGUUGUUGUAUUUGUCAUCAGUGUGCUCUCUGGGGCGGUACUCACUCUGGUCAUACCUUCAAACCUUUGGAUGAGGUUUAUGAGCAGCAUGUGACCCAGAUAAAAGACGAAGUCGCCCAGCUCAGGAGAAGGCUUAUGGAGCUUAUAAGUAUUGUCCAAGAAGUUGAGAGGAAUGUAGAAUCGGUCAGGUCAGCAAAAGACGAGAGAGUCAGAGAAAUCAGGAAUGCUGUUGAACUCAUGAUUGCCAGGCUUGAUUCUCAGCUCAAGACGAAAUUGCUCACCUUGAUGGGUCAAAAGGACUCGUUGACCCAAGAAACAGAACAGUUAGAACAUUUACUUCACGAGGUGGAGCAUCAAUUACACUCUAGUACAAAAUCUGAACUGAUCACAAAGAGCGGUGAACUUUCUCGAAUGAUUCAUUCAAUUCGCAAAAAACCAAUGCAAAGUUUUGUCACUGCUCCAGUACCAGCAGAUUUCCACAGUGAAAUAGUUCCGGCAUAUGACAGCAGUACAUUUGUGAUGCAUGGAUUUUCUCAGCUACAACGCAAGGCGGAUCCUGUGUAUUCGACACCUCUUCACUGUAAUGGUCUCUGUUGGAGGCUGAAAGUUUAUCCCGAUGGUAAUGGGGUUGUAAGGGGAAAUUAUCUAUCUGUAUUUUUGGAGUUGAGUGCUGGUUAUCCGGAAACAUCCAAGUACGAAUAUAGAGUAGAAAUGAUCCACCAAGCUAGUCGUGACGUUUCGAAAAAUAUUGUUCGAGAGUUUGCUUCAGACUUUGAAGUUGGCGAAUGUUGGGGUUACAAUAGAUUCUUUAGGCUGGACCUGUUGGCAAGUGAGGGUUAUUUGAAUGUGACUCUAGAUACCUUGGUUUUGAGAUUUCAAGUUAGAGCUCCCACUUUUUACCAACGCUGUCGGGAUCAGCAGUGGUACAUAAAUCAACUUCGGACUGUACAAAACCAGUACAUUUCACAAAUAAAUGAGUCGAAGGAGCGCUUAGCUGCCGAAAUCUCCAGGAAUGCUGUAGCGGCAACCUUGGGAUCAUCAACUCAGACUGCUGAUUUGGCGGUUGGAAUUGUAAAAAGCCUUUAUAAUAUUCCUUGCAUGUCCAAUUCAGGAGAAGCGAGUAAUACUGCUGUAGCCUCUUCAUCCUUGAGUCAAGUUCCUGAAAAAUCUUACGUACUCUCCAAUGACAUGAUGAACUGUUCUAAAAAUGUGAUAUCUAUGAAUCCUAUGCACGGAGGUGCUAUACCAAGAAGUGUAAUGGAUAAUAAUGAAUGCCCCUGCUCUUCUGGUGACCCCUUAGCAACUUCUUCGUCUUCUACUUCUAUGAGUCUUCAGUUGCAGCAGUCUCCUUCUUCGAACGUUAGCAGGGAAACUAAUUUCCAUAAUGAAGAUUCCGCUCAAGAUAAUAGGCACAUGUUGGGAUUGGGUACAUCGGUCAGUUCUCCAGAUCUGCUCAACUCCACGGUCUCCCUAACCUUGAUAUGCAGCAGUAGUGACAGCGACCUGAGUGAAGCGGGAAAUUUAAUGGAUGAAUUUGACCGUCAAGAAGUCAAUACGGCAGUUGGUGAUGAAAACUCUAAUGACGAGAAUGAUGUUGAUGAUGAGACUAUGUCAGGUGAAAAUGAUGUUGAGUAUGCAGAGUUUUCUAUGGCUCAAGGUAUGGUCCGGCAGCAGAGUCCUGUUGCAACACCUGCUUCUCCACUCCAAUGCGGUUUCGAGGAUAAAAUGAAAUUACUCUAUUUAUUCGAUAACAUGGAGAUGCCUACAGACACAACAAGGAUCGCCCGAUCUGGAGGAAUGUCAAUUGAUACUGCCAGUACUUCUCUGAUAGAUUUUUCAUCCUCCAACAUGAAUUCCGCAUUUUUGGAACGACAAUCCUCACCGUCAUCUAAACCAGAAGAGCAAGUGGCAGGCUCAAGUGUCUCGGAUCUUUCAAUAAGAAAGAAAUUGAAACAACGGUUUAAGCCGAUUGUGGUUCCGAAAGAAUGCUCGGAGAAUGGUUCAAAUAAAAUUUGGAGUGAGACUGUUCCACUCACUCAGAGUACAAAGGAGUCUGUGAUGGGGCCAUUAGAAAGCUUUCUGAAGUCCAUUCACGUUUACCCUGAACAUGAUCAGCAACAGCAUAAAAAGAGGGAAGGUAAAGAAAGAAAAUGGAACACCCACCAUUACCCAUCCUCUCAUUCUUCCUCUGCUUCAAAUCAUGCGAAUUCGCUCAGUGAAGUUGAUGCAACUAUGCAAACUUCUGUUGACAAGGGCAAGUUCAAACCAGCCUGUUCUAGUAGUGGACAAUUUACGUUGCCAUCAAAUCCUCUUUCUCCACCUCCACUUGGCGAUAAUGUGGAUGGCAUGGUCCAGCCUUCUUCCUCUAAUGGUUUCAGUUGGACACCAUCGUUGUUGAUACAAAGAAGACCACACAAAUCUUCCAAACAAACAAGUUCUGAUCUUAAUAAACCCGAAAAAGAUGCCAAACAUUCGAGGUCAGACAAUUCACCACAUUCUGCCUGAAUCUUGGGUAUAGUUAUGCAGAGGAAUCAUGUUCAGUAUUAGGCGAUUGGGUUUAAGAUUUUUUUAUCCUUUAUAUUUAAAUUACGUUUUAUUUAUUAAUUCUUAAAUGUUCCUAGAGUAUUAGCACUAUCGAAUAUCACCUUGACAUUAUUCUUUUGCUGGUAUAUUCAAGUAAUACAACUGUUUUCAGAAAAUUAGUCAACUUUUCAGAAUUUCGAGGUAAUUAAAAUAUCUCUUAAACGUCCAUUUAAGUGAUUCGGAAUUUGUUUUGAAUGCAAUAACUUUCAAGUUCACCUGGAUUUUAUUCUAAUUUUUUCACAUUCCAAAACUAGACUAUAAUCUGAUCAAAUGGAAUGACUUGUACUAUUUUAAGGCUGUGUUAGACAAAUAUUUGCCAAUUUAUUGUUAUUAUUAAUCCAUAUAUAUAUACAUAAACUAAUCAUUAAAU